UUGUUUGACUUGACAACAUACGCAUAGUUUUGUGGUUCUCGAUGUGACUUGAAACGUCAAAAUGCCGACAAUCCUUCGUUGUAAAUGUAUCAUUGUUGGUGAUGCGACAGUGGGUAAAAGUAGUAUCACACAAGUUUUUCACAGCGAUGGCUCACAUUUUCCAAAGAAUUAUGUUAUGACACAAGGUGUUGAAGUACUUGUGAAACUUGUAAACAUUCCAGAAACUUCAGAUAGUGUGGAAAUGUACAUUUAUGACACUGCAGGAAAAGAGAUAUUUUCAGAUUUUGUGAAGCGAUUAUGGGACCAUCCAUCUGUGAUAAUGGUUGUAUAUGACUGUACCAGUGAAACAUCCUUCUCAAGCUGUGUGAAGUGGCUAGAGAGGGUCCGUGCUCAAAGCCCAAAUACACAAAUUCCAGGUGCUCUCAUUGCAAACAAAGUUGACUUGGAACAGAGACGAAUCAUCAGUCCUAAAAAAGGUCAGGAGCUUGCACAGGCGAAUAAACUGGAAUACUUUGAGUGCUCAGCGAAAGAGAUGCAGAAUGUUGACACACCUUUCUUCUACUUGGCGAAUGAAUUUCACAAAGUGUAUGAAGAACGUGCAGAGCUGUUUAAUUCUUUAUCAUAGGGUCAAGUUGAUCUUAAUUUCUUUUUUUUUUUAAAUAGCAAAUGAUUGGAAAGCCCAGGACUAUUACUUUAAGUGUUUCUUUCUCAGGGGGCAAUUUUUUCCCCUCCUUUCAUAUGUUUUCAAAUGUACUUAUUAACUUGAAAGCAAAAAGUUUGGUUUAGCUGUCAGCAACUUGUCAUAUGUGGGCUGGCUUCCUAAGCAUGUGCCCAAUCCUCUGCCAACUUCUUUUUUUGACCUCACAGGGAAUUAUUUUUUUUCAAAAGUACCAUAACAAAAGAAAUUUUGAAGGUUUUUCACCUAUGAGAUUGAAGUUGUAUUAAUGAUCUUAUCAUUUGUAAGUCAAGUCCGUCCUGAAUUUGUACUUGUUAUCAAUUUCAACUCAUGUAAGUUUUUUCAUGUUCAUAUUCACACUGUAAUACAUUAACUUAUCAGUUAUUUUGCAAACAAGUGAGAUGUAAAAUUCUGGAUUUGCGAUAAAUUUUUAGACAUUCUUUUGGUAAUUUUGUUUGCAUUCUCUUCUAUUAUGAAAAUUGUCUAAAGAAUUUAGGAUCUCAGACUCGCAACUGUAAGGUCAUGGGUUUGAAUCUCGCCAGGGAUCCAACAUUGUGCCCUUGGGAAGCGCACUUUAAACGACUUUUCCUCUCUCCACCCAGAUGGGAAUGGGUACUUGGCAGAAGAAAGCAAAAGAUCUUGUCAGUUUGUUGGUGUUUGAGCAUGUACAAUCUGUAGCUUGCACUGUAUGCUUCCCCGGAAGCUGAGAAUGUUUCUGAGUGUUCAAGUGUGUGUUGGGGUAAUUAUGAUUUUAAAGUGCAUAGAGCAUGCUGUAGAGCGUGGAUAUACGCUAUAUGAAUGCAAUUAUUAUUAUUUAUUAACUUCUAUCUCAGUGGAGUGUAGACCUACAUGUACUGAUAUGGAGAGGCAAAACAUUGGAACCCUUUAUUAUUAUGACAAAACCCAGUUCCGAAAUCACAUUUAUGUACAUUACUUGUACCAUACUAUGCUGUGCUUGUAAUGUGGUUUCAAAGGUAUUCUCCGAUAAAGAUCAGUGCGAUUUGGUGGCGUUUUAGCUCCUUUGGGGACUCAUCAGGUAGCUGUGACUUACAAAUAAAAAUAAAGUUGCAAAAACUUGCGCAGUAAGUCAGUGUUCAAAGACAAUUCGAGGUUCUCAAUGAAAAAACUCAAACCACUGUAAGCGUCCAGUACAAUAGGGAUACCAAAUAUUUUUUAUUUGCCCUGAAUUACACUGACUUUGAGGUGACAUGAAAACUUAACUCACUGGAGACGUUUCACGCAGCAUUUGGGAGCACCAAUGUUUUCCCGAGAGGCGGUUCACGCACCCCCUGCGAGCACAAGUUUCCGUUUUUUUCCUUGGCAAAGUAUGCUUGCAAGCGCUGUGUGAACCGUCUCUUACUGUGCAGCCAAACUUUGUUUUGUUUUAUGUGAAGUUUCACCGGAAUUGGUUGGAAAUUUUUUUAGUUAUCGAGUCAGAAAGAGUUAGUCACACUGAGGCCCUACUUUCGUUUCUCUGACUGAUGUCUGUGUUACCGCAACACUUUGUCAGUACGAUGGCAGCACAUUUAGUUUUAACACAAAAAAAGGAGGAGAGAUCAGGAAGAGAGAUGUUUGAUAGGAAAGAAGGAGCAAACCACACCAGACCACCCGCCAACCACCCACUUGGCAGAACGAAAAACAAACAUUUUUCAAGUGUUUGACGACUUUCACAGUUCAGAAAAUUAAGAUUAUGAUAUUUCAGACCACGAGGAUCCUGAUUUCAAUGUAAAUGAGAAUCAAAGCACUGAUUCUGAUAGAGAAUGUCCUUUAUCUAGACUGGGCUUUCAAAUGCAAAAUUCCGCUUUGUCUGGAGCCCUGUUAUUUUCACACUGAAGUGGAUUGCACAGCUAAUACAUAAGGAUUACCAUAUAUCGAUUACCUGCCUAUUCGUGAGUUUGAACUUCUUAUUCAUUUUGAAACACAAAACUCAACAAAAGACACACACAAGGUUGAUUUUUUGUGUGUUUUGUUGGGUUUUUGUUACACAAGACAUUACGUCAAAAAAUUUUGCAGAGCAGCAAAUUUUAGCACAUUUUCAAAAAAUCAUUUCUUAAAAACAAUAAAUAAAAUAUAUUGCCUUUUUUGGUUUGUGUGCCCUAUUGGGCAUGUUUAGAUCUGUUAUGUGUGUAAAAAUGGUGGUUGUAUGUCUUUGAGAAGGGUGUUGUUUGAAAUAUUGAAAUAACCCCCAGAAAUGCCAGUCUCCACUGCAUGUAAAUCUGAAAACGGUCCAGUUUCCAGUGAGUUAAAAUCUUUGAUUGGACCUCGAAUGAACCUUUGGCUCACCUUAAUUGAAUUUGGUUAAAUUUUUAAAGUGUUGACUGUUUAAUGUUCUGAUCAAUUUGAUCCUAAGACUUUUUAUGAAUAUUCCACAAGGCAGAAAAAUAAGGAUGACACUGAUUUGAAUUACUUUAGUGUCCUCGGUAUUCAUUUUUUGUUUCAGGUGUAUAUUUCCAUCCUUUCUUUAUUUUUUUGGUAGUUAUGGAUGAACAUUUUUCGUUAAAACAUUGUUUGAAGAUACUUUUAGGCAAGUUUUUAUGUUUGUACUAAUUUGUAGUUGCAUUAUUGUUUUGAAAGUCAUUGAGAAGAUAUUUGGUCCCUUUCUAUUGUGUCACCCUGCGUUGCAUCAUGUAUGUAUAGAUGGGAACUAAUUUUUUUCUUCUUUUAAAUUAAGAUAAGGCUGUCUGUUUCAAUAAAUUGUGAUAUAAUGUUGUACA